CUCCUUCUAUCGCAGCUUCGCAGGCACCACCAGGCAGCAUCUCCGCCCCCCCAGCGCCACUCUCUCUCCCUCUCGGCUCUCUCAUCUCUGCCAAUGGCAUUGGUAAUUUGGGUAAUCAGAUUGCGGGUCUUUAACGGGUCGGAAUUGGAUCUACCCGUUUGCCAGCCCUGAGUGAGUUUCCUUACCCGACCGACCUAAAUUCAUAAUAAUUUUUACUCUCGCCCAUAAACCCUGCCGCGCAUUCUAUUGCUACCAAAAGCCUAAAACCCCAGGAAGGGCCAUCUUUGUCACCCGGCCCUCAAGCGAUCACUGCUGUCCCCCUUUGCGGCUUGUUAUCCGAACAUGGCUAGAGCGCCAACCCAAGGCAUAGCCUUCACCAAGCAACCGUACAUCGAGGACUUUGGCCCCCGCAAAAUAAAAAGCGUGAAAUUCAGCACCUUCUCCGAAUCCGAGAUCAGCAAACUCGCGGAGGUUCAAGUAUACAAAGGUCAAUAUUAUGAUAACAGAAGAAUUCCUAUUGAAGGCGGCUUAUUGGAUACACGCAUGGGCCCUGCAAAUAAGAAUAGUGUAUGUGCAACAUGCAAUGGUAGUUAUAGCGACUGUCCUGGGCACUUUGGGUACCUAAAACUCACCCUCCCUGUUUUCAAUGUUGGAUAUAUGGGUACCAUUAUUGACACGUUGAAGUGCAUUUGUAAGUCUUGUGCCCGUAUACUUUUGGGGGAGGACUUACGUAUAGCGUAUUUGAAGAAGAUGAGAAAUCCUAAACUGGAGGCUAUGAAGAAGGCUGAGUUGAUGAAAGAGAUAGUUAAAAAGUGUAAUAACUUGACAAGCAGCAAUAAAGCGGUGAAGUGCUCAAGAUGUGGAUAUGUAAAUGUUUCGGUUAAGAGAGCUGUACAUACGCUGGGCAUACUUCAUGAGCGUAAACAAUCUAAUGAUGCGAGUAUGGAAGAAUUUAGAUCAGCGAUUUCUCACACAAAAGAGUCUAGGGCGCCCUUCAGUAUGACAAAUAUUCUUAACCCUUUCCAAGUUCUUGUUCUUUUCAAAAGGAUGCUGGAUGAGGAUUGUGAGUUGCUUUAUCUUUCUGAUAGACCAGAGAAACUCAUCAUGACAAAUAUUGCUGUGCCUCCUAUAUCGAUUCGUCCUUCUGUUAUUAUGGAUGGAUCUCAAAGCAAUGAAAACGACAUUACUGAGAGGUUAAAGAAAAUUAUUCAGGCAAAUUCUACCCUUCGCCAGGAGUUAUUAGAAGCAAAAUCUGCACCGAAGUGUCUGGUUGAUUGGGAUAUGCUUCAAGUUGAGGUCGCACAGUAUAUAAAUAGUGAUGUUCGUGUUCAAACUCUGAUGCAAGUUGCGAAGCCAUUAGCUGGUUUUGUUCAGCGCCUCAAAGGGAAGCAGGGACGCUUUCGUGGGAACUUGUCUGGGAAGCGUGUUGAAUAUACUGGCAGGACUGUUAUAUCACCUGACCCUAAUCUGAAAAUUACCGAGGUUGCAAUUCCCAUCCAAAUGGCUCUAAUCUUAAGCUAUCCUGAACGUGUUUCCCACCACAAUAUAGAGAAGUUGAGACAGUGUGUCAGUAAUGGCCCCAAUAAAUACCCCGGCGCGAUUAUGCUCACAUAUGCUGAUGGCUCUUCAAGGAAACCUUUUACUGCUGUUAAAAGGAAACUUGCUGAUGCACUGAAAUAUGGUGACAUAGUCCAUCGCCAUUUGGAAGACGGGGACAUUGUUCUUUUUAACAGGCAGCCAAGCUUGCAUCGGAUGUCUAUCAUGUGUCAUAGGGCAAGAGUUAUGCCUUGGAGAACAUUGAGAUUCAAUGAAUCUGUGUGCAAUCCAUAUAAUGCUGAUUUUGAUGGCGAUGAGAUGAACUUGCAUGUCCCACAAACGGAGGAGGCUCGAACAGAAGCUGUUUUGUUGAUGGGGGUGCAAAACAAUCUAUGCACGCCGAAAAAUGGAGAGAUUUUGGUUGCUUCGACUCAAGAUUUUCUAACAUCUUCUUUUCUCAUCACAAGGAAGGAUACAUUUUAUGACCGUGCAAGUUUUUCUCUCAUGUGUUCUUAUAUGGUGGAUGGCAUGGAUUUUGUUGAUUUGCCAACUCCUGCAAUACUUAAGCCAAUAGAGCUUUGGACCGGUAAGCAAUUAUUUAGUGUUUUAGUCCGGCCGCAUGCAAAUGUGAGAGUUUAUGUAAAUCUUACCGUAAAGGAGAAAAGCUACAUCAAGCCUAAGGAAGAAGGAGAAAGAGAACCAGAAGCCAUGUGCCCUAAUGAUGGGUUUGUCUACUUCCGUAAUAGUGAGCUUUUAUCUGGGCAACUUGGGAAAGCUACUUUAGGAAAUGGCAAUAAGGAUGGACUUUUCUCUGUUCUUCUUCGAGAUUAUAAAGCACAUGCUGCUGCUGCAUGCAUGAAUCGGCUAGCCAAAUUGAGUGCUCGGUGGAUAGGUAAUCAUGGGUUCUCAAUUGGGAUUGAUGAUGUCCAACCAAGUAAAUAUUUGAAUGAUAGGAGACAGGAAACAAUCUCUAACGGUUAUCAAGGUUGUGAUAAAAAAAUACAGUUGUUCAAUGAAGGAAAUCUACCGCCUGAAACUGGUUGUGAUGCUGCUCAAACACUAGAGGCUGGGAUAACUAGAAUACUAAAUAAUAUUCGAGAUGAAACUGGCAAGGUUUGCAUGAAAGAGCUACAUUGGAGAAAUAGUCCCUUGAUCAUGUCCCAAUGUGGUUCCAAAGGUUCUCCCAUCAAUAUUAGCCAAAUGAUUGCUUGUGUUGGUCAGCAAUCAGUUGGGGGUCGCCGUGCUCCUAAUGGGUUCAUAGAUCGGAGCCUUCCUCAUUUCCCUCGAAAAGCAAAAACCCCUGCAGCUAAAGGCUUUGUUGCUAAUUCUUUCUACAGUGGUUUAACAGCCACCGAGUUUUUUUUCCAUACUAUGGGAGGACGAGAAGGCCUUGUGGAUACGGCGGUAAAAACAGCUGACACUGGGUAUAUGUCACGACGAUUGAUGAAAGCACUUGAGGACCUAUCCAUUCAUUAUGAUAACACAGUACGGAAUGCAAGUGGAUGUGUAGUUCAAUUUCGUUAUGGAGAUGACGGCAUGGAUCCCGCAUACAUGGAAGGAAAAAGUGGAGCUCCUUUAAAUUUUGAUCGGUUGUUUUUGAAAGCCAAGGCCACAUGCCCCGCUGGAGGAAAUGAAUAUCUAUCUCCUUUUGAAGUGUCUGAAAGAGUGGAACGCAGGCUUUUGGAAGAUGAUAUGACACCUGAGGGUGGUUGCUCUGUGGCUUUUAAAAAUUCUUUCAAGAGUUUCUUAGAUGAAUAUGUAAAAUCAUUAACAAAAACAAGGGAGGCAUUUGAAUCAGUUGAAAAUCUUGCUGUGAAGGAAAAUUCCGCAAUUCGGGAAAAAAUUGUCAAAAAUAUAUCUGGAGUUACCCCAAAACAGCUUGAGGUUUUCUUGAAUACCUGUAUCUCUCGUUAUCAUUUAAAACAAAUUGAAGCUGGAACUGCAAUUGGAGCAAUUGGAGCUCAAAGUAUUGGAGAGCCUGGGACACAAAUGACAUUGAAAACUUUCCACUUUGCUGGAGUUGCAAGCAUGAACAUUACACUUGGAGUUCCUCGUAUCAAAGAAAUAAUAAAUGGAGCCAAAAAAAUAAGUACACCCAUCAUCACUGCAGCUCUCAAGAAUGACAAUAAUGUGAAUACAGCACGGAUAGUGCGAGGUCGCAUUGAGAAAACAAAUUUAGGCCAGGUUGCUAAGAGUAUAAAACUCGUAAUGACUUCAAGAUUAGCUUCAUUAGUCGUCACGCUUGACAUGGAGAGAAUUCGAGAUGUACAAUUGUGUAUAGAUGCUAAUAUUGUGAAAGAAUCGAUUAUACAAACUCCAAAACUCAAACUGAAGCAUGAGCAUAUUAAGGUUUUGGACGUUGGGAAGUUGGAAAUUCUUUCUCCAGACACUGAUAGAAGUAAAAUUCAUUUUCAACUCCACUCUCUUAAAAAUUUGCUCCCAACAGUUAUAGUAAAGGGUAUAAAAACUGUUGAGCGUGCAAUCAUUAAGAAAGAAGAAAACAAAAAGACGAAGACCACUAAGUACAGUUUGCUAGUAGAAGGCACGGGUCUUAAAGAAGUUAUGGGCACUGAGGGCAUUGAUGGACGUAAAACAACAAGUAAUCAUGUUCUUGAGGUGCACCAGACACUUGGCAUUGAAGCUGCAAGGAAGUGUAUUAUCGAGGAGAUAAAAUAUACAAUGGAAAGUCAUGGAAUGAGCAUCGACAUUCGCCAUAUGAUGCUCUUAGCAGAUUUGAUGACAUUUAGGGGUGAUGUGCUUGGAAUCACAAGAUUUGGCAUCCAAAAAAUGGGAAAAAGUAUAUUGAUGCUGGCUUCUUUUGAGAAGACAUCAGAUCAUCUUUUCAGUGCUUCUGUAAACGGCAGGGAUGACAGAAUUGAAGGAGUGACUGAAUGCAUAAUCAUGGGUAUACCAAUGCCGAUAGGCACCGGAAUGCUCAAAGUUAAACAAAGAGAUACUCUACCUUCAAAACUAGAUUAUCGGCCAAAUGCAAUUCUAUCUUGAGUUCCAAGUCGAAGUUUUCAAGGUGGUGGAGCAUAGUUUGGGGAUCAUUUCUAUGUGCAGUGUUGCAGUUGAUCAAGGUUGAGAAAUGUACAGAGACUGAUAAAAGCGAUUACUUUUUAUCCACUGAUAUAUUUAUGACAUUUUUGUGAAAGCAAAGAUAAUUUGUGUUUUCCUCCUCA